CAAGAUUCAUGGCCAGAUGAAUCUGGCUAUGGUGAGAACUGAGAAGAUUACUGGUCAGUAAAGAGAAGAAAUAACAAUGCAGUCUUCACUUUCCUUCUCUAAUGGCAUUAGACCCAUCAAAUUUGGAGAAAACCCAAAAGCCAUUAUCACUACCCAUUCACUCAAAAGAGCUACGCUUCCCUUUACUCAGUGCUCCUCUCUUCUCUCCACUAGAUCAUCUCUUUCUUGUUCUUCUUCUCGAUUCGAUUUUAGAUAUCCAUCGGUGUCAUUCGUACAGAAGGAUGAGCUGUGUUGUAAUCUAGUCCCGAGUACGACAUUUAGAAAGAAAAGGAGCUUCGAAUUGUCUCCAGUUCGUUGCGGCAUUUCGUCUAGCCAUAAUAAUAGCGCCGGUGCGAAACGAAGUUUAAGGGAAUGGUUUGAGCUUAUCGGGGAGGCCGUUUCGACAGCGUUUCCGUUAUGGGUCGCCUUGGGAUGUUUAUUAGGGCUUUUAAAACCGAGUUCCUUUAACUGGGUUCGGCCUAAAUGGACAGUUGCUGGUUUAAUAGUGACUAUGCUUGGGAUGGGCAUGACACUCACUCUCGAUGAUCUUCGUGGUGCGUUGGCUAUGCCUAAGGAAUUACUAGCUGGUUUCUUUCUCCAAUACUCUGUGAUGCCAUUAUCUGGCUAUUUUGUGAGCAAGCUUUUGAACCUGCCAUCCCAUUAUGCAGCUGGUUUAAUAUUGGUCGGUUGCUGCCCAGGCGGUACAGCUAGUAACAUUGUCACUUAUAUUGCUCGUGGAAAUGUGGCACUCUCAGUUUUAAUGACAGCAGCUAGCACUAUAACAGCUGUGAUAAUGACCCCCUUUCUGACAGCCAAACUUGCUGGGCAAUAUGUUGCUGUAGAUGCCUCUAAACUACUAUUCUCAACACUCGAGGUUGUGCUACUUCCUGUAUUGGCUGGUGCAUUUCUAAACCAGUACUUCCAGGGCAUAGUUAAAAUAUUUUCCCCUGUGAUGCCACCCAUUGCUGUGGCAACUGUAGCCGUUCUAUGUGGACAUGCCAUUGCCCAGAGCUCUUCUGCAAUCCUCCAAUCUGGCCUUCAAGUAGUGAUAGCUUGCUCUCUUCUUCACAUUUCUGGUUUCUUCUUUGGGUACAUACUUGCAAGGAUACUUGGGAUUGAUGUGGCAUCAUCUCGGACUAUCUCCAUUGAAGUUGGCAUGCAGAACUCGGUCCUUGGAGUUGUUCUGGCCACUCAGCACUUCGGAAAUCCUUUGACAGCAGUGCCAUGUGCUGUUUCAAGUGUCUGUCAUUCAAUAUUGGGUAGUGCCUUGGCUGGAGUUUGGAGACGGAGUGCACCUUCCCAAAACCAUGAUUAACAUGUCCAUGUAGAAAUUUAGAUCAAGGCUCAACUCCGAAAUUUACUAGUACCACUCGUUUGAACUACUGGAAUUAAAUCAAUGCUUGUCCUUUAUGCUGCUUUUCUUCUAAAUAAAAGCUGUUAUUGUUAGGCAUUUUUGUCUUGUUCUUGGAGAGACAUGCUUGCUAGCAAGCCAAAUGUAAUAAUAAGGGCCUUGUUUGAUUAA